UAUUGGCGCUUUUGGUGCGUUCAAGACAACUGGGAAUUCGAAAAAAAAAAACGUCAGUGAUCGGUCGGAAUGACCGAGUUCGAGAAGGAGGCCGAAGUUCCCGCUUGGAAUUCCGAGUUGGAUGACCGUUUUCUCAGGCGGAGUUCGUUUUUCCGAGUUCCCAGUUGUCAUGAACGCACUGAAGUCGGAAGUCUGAGAUUUCCGGGUUGGCUGUUGUUUGAACACUGCAUCGUAAGAAAACUGGAAACGCGGGAAAAAACGAGGUCAAAUCAUGAAGUCAGUGAUAUUCUGGUAGGAAAUUUGGAGCCCUAGAAAGAUGUCCGAGUUUCAGAUUUGGAAUUCCGAGUUGGAUGACGUUCAAAACGAUUUUUACAGUUGGAGCUAUUUUUUUCCGAGUUCCCAAUUAUCUUGAACCCAGGGAAGUCGGAGGUUUCCGAGGUCUGAGUACCAGUUGUUUUGAACUGGGCAUAUCUGCUGCGAACUAGUCAUUGGGAAGGUCGUGCCAAACAUAAAUGUAGCUUGUACCACAUGACAAAAACGUGGGUCACUAAAACGCCUUAAAAUAUGAUGUGGUUACUUCAAGUAUGUGCCUUUUGGAUUCCGGGAUUAGAUUUUACAGUAGCACGAUAGCGUGCGCGUUCAGUUGAAUCAAUUCGGAAGCAUCAAGUAACAUUAGCUGACGUUAACUUCUAGCUAAAUUCACAGAAUAACUAGGUAAACAUGAGUCCUGCUACAGGACUUCCUGCUUCUUCGGGAUCCCCUGGAAGUAGCACACCUUUCUCCAUAGCAGGACAUAUCCAGCAAGUCUAUAGCCAUGUCAAAAUAGAGAAUUUGGUUGCAGGACUCAGUGGAGGAGUCGUGUCAACACUGGUGCUUCACCCUCUUGACCUAGUCAAAAUCAGGUUUGCAGUGAGUGAUGGACUGGACCUGAGACCUAAAUAUAAUGGCAUUAUUCAUUGUUUGAGAAAUGUGUGGCAGCAGGAGGGGGUCCGAGGACUCUACCAAGGAGUCACCCCCAACAUCUGGGGUGCUGGGGCAUCAUGGGGCCUCUACUUCUUCUUUUACAAUGCCAUCAAGGAGUACACUAAGGAAGGGCGUCAGUCUGAACUGAGUGCCACAGAACACCUGCUGUCAGCCGCCCAAGCAGGUGUAUUGACUCUCACCCUAACCAACCCUAUCUGGGUGACUAAGACUCGCCUGGUGCUGCAGUAUAACGCUGAUCCCACCAGGAAACAGUAUAAAGGGAUGAUGGAUGCACUGGUGAAGAUCUACCGGCAUGAGGGGAUACCUGGACUGUACAGGGGGUAUGUUCCUGGUUUAUUUGGCACGUCACACGGGGCAUUGCAGUUCAUGGCCUAUGAGGAGUUGAAGAGAGACUACAACAAAUACAAGAAAAUGCCUUCAGAAGCUAAACUGAAUCCAUUGGAAUAUAUCACAAUGGCAGCUCUAUCCAAAAUAUUUGCUGUGGCUACCACAUACCCUUACCAGGUGGUGCGGGCUCGUCUGCAGGACCAGCAUAAUAAAUACAAUGGAGUCCUGGAUGUGGUCAGGAGGACAUGGAGGAAUGAGGGAGCUGUAGGGUUCUAUAAAGGCAUGGUGCCCAACCUGAUCCGUGUCACCCCAGCCUGCUGUAUCACCUUCGUGGUCUAUGAGAACGUGUCUCGCUUCCUGAUGGGCCAGAAGUGAGGAGGAUUAAGGAGACAGCCAUGGAAGGACCACAAAAAGGAAGGGACUCAGACAGUGUAUGUGGCGCUAGAUAAGAUAAGCCAUGAACUGAAAUCUCCAGAACUGUCACAGCAGGUAACUGGACUACUGAAGUCUCCAGAACUGUCACAGCAGGUAACUGGACUACUGAAGUCUCCAGAACUGUCACAGCAGGUAACUGGACUACUGAAGUCUCCAGAACUGUCACAGCAGGUAACUGGACAACUGAAGCAGACAUGUCACCUGGAUGCACCUCUGGCAGCCGAGUCAAAACAUGAUGUUGACAAUGCUGAUAAUUAAAGACUGGUCUCUGUCUCUUCCUUGGAUGCAUCAGAGAAGAACAGACCUCACUGGAGGUACUAUACAGGAUGUCGGUGUGAAACAUCAAAGCAAAAUGAACCAUUUCAAUGCUGCUGGCUGUGAUGUGAGUACUGUGUGUGUGUGUGUUAAAAGAGCAUACUUGCUAUUUUCAGGGUACUAAUGUACACCCAAUUUGUUUUUAUUUAAUGUAUUGGUGUCAUACUGUAGUACAUAUAAUUAUGUCAUAGGAAAUGAUCAAAGAUGACUGAUUGCACCGUUUAACAUCUUUGAAAUAACGUUAAUUUCAGAAGUCUUAAUCUGAAAUAUCAGUGUUGAAUUGGCAUUAGUUCAUUUUCAGGUCAAAUGUUCUACUAAAGUUGAAUGCUUUAUGUUGCUUUUGCAUUUCAGAUAAUUUUACAUUUUGCUGUGCUAUGUUCACUUGUCAUUUCAAAACGCUAGGAACACAUUAACAUUUGUUAAUGAAUUCACCUGGUCAUGCAUAAACCAAUGUUCAACAAAACUUCUCUGAUAGACAAACAUUUGUUAAUGAAUUCACCUGGUCAUGCAUAAACCAAUGUUCAACAAAACUUCUCUGAUAGACAAACAUUUGUUAGCUUUUUGUAGCUUCAGAUUACAUUUAACAGCUGUCCUGUGUUCACUUUUCACUUGGAAAAAGAUAUCAACACAUGCAUUUCUUUAUUAAUUUACCUGGUAAUGCAUAAACCAAUGUUCAAAUGAUGUUCUUCUCUGAUAGGAAAACAUUUGUUAGCUUUUUUUGCUUCAGAUGAAAUUUUAAAGCUGUGUCGUGUUAACUUGUCACUUGAAAAAUAUAUCUACCCAUGCAUUUCUUUAUGAA